AAAUAAUAAUAAAACGUAAAAAAGUUUUUUGGUUCUUUUGAAUUUGUUGGUUAUUUUUUAGGCAUUUUUAUUUGUUUUGUAAUAAAUUUCCUGUAAACAUUUACUUAAAAUAAUUUUAUAAUUCACUAAAAAUUGUUCCAGUCUUACUUAGUCUUGUUGAUUACUAGUUUAGUAAACCGCUUUUAGUAUGUCUGAGGAUGACGUGAUAAGUGCUAAAGGCCGACUGCUUGAGUUGCUCACCGAAUUAAAUGACUUUGAAUUGGAUACUAUCGAGAAAUGGAUUUGUAGCAAUUCAUAUAAGAAAGAGUUGGAGGCUAAGAAAAAGAUGAAGAUAUCGGAAAAGUGUUUAAUAGAUAUAGGGGAAACUAUAAAACAAAUCAUACCUUUUGAGGCUGAGAUGCCAUCGGAGAACAUAGUUCCACCUACAGUGGGAGACCAGGCAGACUGUAACGCAACCAACACUUGCCACAUUGAUGAGUUCCUAUAUGACCAAGAUGCAGUUCAUGAACUUGUUAAAGAAGGGAAGCUUCAAAGACACUACUGCUUAACUUGUAAUUCUCGUAACAUAAAAGAUCUAACAUUAAUAUCACAUUCUAUGUCAAGACAAGCACUGCAAUACAUUUUUCAAGUACUUCUGCCAAAGGAGCUGGAGGAUAAACAAGUUUUAGAUGUUGGUUCUAGGAUAGGAGCAGUCCUCUAUGGUGCUUAUUAUUUUUCAAGAGCUGGUUCUAUAGUUGGAAUUGAAAUGAACAAAGAAUGCUGUGAUGUCCAGCAAAGGAUAAUCAACCAAUAUGCAAUGGAUAAUAAUAGAAUCAAAGUAAUUAACUCUGAUGUGAUGGAAAGGAGUGAUGUUGUGCAAAACUCUGAUGUUAUCAUCAUUAAUGUACUUGAUUUUUUUGUUGACAUUGAAAAGCAUAAGCAAAUGUGGUAUUUCUUUAAGAAAUAUAUUAAAAAAGGUAGCUAUUUGGUUUGUAACAGAAGUAUGGCAGACACAUUAGGUUAUUUAGAUAUGUUUGAAGAGCUCAUGGAUUGGUUGAGCAUUUGCAAUCCAAGUCAGCUAGAAAAUGAAGUAUUUUUUGAUGUUGAAGAUUGUAGUGAACUAUUUUUGUAUACAGUCAAUUAAAAAAUGUUGCAUUUCAUUAUUAUUAAAACUGAUAUUUUAUUUUAAGUAGCCCCGGCUAAUUUCCUAUAGUGUAGUU